AUGCUAGCUUUCGGAUCUAAUAACAAUUUUGUUCGUCACACAAACAGCAAGAAACAAGAAGAUCCGUCCAUGAUGAACGGGCCAAACGGGUUGAUGGACCCUACGUUAAAUACAGCCAGCGGUUCUGCCUCUUCGUCUAAUGGUAACUCUGCCAAUAAUAGUAUAUCUUCACCAGAGUACACUUUUGGGCAAUUCUCAAUGGAAUCUCCUCGCAGAACAGACGUCACUAAUACCCCAAUUCUAACGGCAACAACCAACACAACCGCUAAUAAUAGUCUGAUGAAUCUAAAAGAUACUGCGGAUUUGUCUACAAAUUGGAAAUGGAGGAAUUCCAAUAAUGUGCAGUUCUUGAACGGAAGUAACGAUAACAGAAACGAAAAUGGUGAUGAUAAAAGAUAUACCUCGGUGGCUACCCCACAAGCUUUAAAUGAGGAACUGAAGAACUUGGAACAACUGGAGAAAGAAUUUUCUCCAACGAAUUUCAACAACGAUAGUCAGUUCAAUGAAAACAUAGAACUCUCACCCCAUCAACACAUAAUUUCUCCUAAUGCUAACCCCCUUGGGGCAGAAGCUUCCAUAUAUUCUAAUUUGUUCCUAGAUGCUAAACUGCCAAACAAUGUUAACAGUUCAACAGGAUUGAACGACAAUUACUACAAUUUGAAUGAAAGUAAUAAUGAUAAUAGUAAUAGCAUGCAAUCAAUCUUGGAGGAUUUUGUAUCUUCAGAAGAGGCAUUGAAGUUUAUGCCGGACGCUGGGCGCGACACAAGAAGAUACAGCGAGGUGGUUACAUCCUCCUUUCCUUGUAUGACGGAUUCCAGAAAUUCCAUCUCGCAUUCAAUAGAGUUCUGGAAUAUGAAUCAUAAAAGUAGUAACAGUGGAAAGCCCGUUCAACAAAUCAUACCUGAAGACACUACUACGGAAAGGCGCGGAUCGACCAUCUCACCAACUACCACCAUAAACAACUCCAACCCAAGCUUUAAAUUGUUAGAUCACGACGUCUCUCAGGCUUUGAGUGGUUAUACUAUGGAUUUUUCCAAGGAUUCUGGUAUUACAAAACCAAGGAGUACUUCCUCUUCUUCCAAUCGCAUCUCCCAUAGCAGUGGCAAUACAAGACAACAACGCGCUUCUUUGCCCUUGAUUCACGACAUUGAAUCUUUUGCAAAUGACUCUGUAAUGACUAAUACACUUUCUGAUUCAGCAUCCUUUUUCUCAGAGGAAAAUGAAGACGACGCUUACAGUUCACUAAAUUAUAACAGCUUAGACGCUGCUGCUAUGUCAUCGUACGACAAUAAUGUAGACCCAUUCAACAUUCUAAAAUCUUCUCCCGCUCAGGAUCAACAAUUCAUUAAACCUUCCAUGAUGCUAUCCGAAAAUGCUUCAGCUGCGGCUAAACUAGCGACUUCUGGUGUAGAUAACAUUACACCUACGCCAGCUUUCCAUAGAAAAAGCUAUGAUAUUUCUAUGAAUUCUUCAUUCAAACUACUUCCUACUAAUCAGGUUCGCCACGCUGCUCAGCAUUCUCAUCAUCACCAACAACAAUCUUCUAAACAGGCAUCCGUAAGCCCAAGCACAAAAAGAAGAAAGUCGUCAACCGUUACUUUGAGCCCAACUAUUUCUCAUAGCAAUAGCAGUGGUAAGGUUCCCAUCCAACCUCGGAAAAGGAAAUCCAUCACUACCAUUGAUCCAAACAACUAUGAUAAAAACAAACCUUUCAAGUGCAAAGACUGCGAGAAGGCAUUCAGACGCAGUGAGCAUUUGAAAAGGCAUAUUAGAUCCGUUCACUCAACGGAACGUCCCUUCGCUUGCAUGUUCUGUGAGAAAAAGUUCAGUAGAAGUGACAAUUUAUCACAACAUCUAAAAACACACAAAAAGCACGGGGAUUUUUAG